GCAUCAACAGCAGCAUCACCAUAACCAUAAAUAGUGAUUUUUGUUUUGUUUAAUUGCUGUUCUUUUAUAUCAAAAAAACGUUAAGGCGGGGUAGCGUGGCGCAGCGUAGCGUAGCGCCACUUGUGUGAAAUUGUAUAACCAGACAAAUCAAUCAAUCUCACUGCUGCAGACAACGCACCACCUAGCAGCAAGCACCAAUAUCAGUGUUUUUUUUUGUGUACAGCCUUCCUCCUCUCUCCUCGGUGGUAAGGCAAAGGACUUUGAAUAAAAAAUGCACUCCGUCUCGACGCGAUUUUUUUCAACAAUCUGACUUAGUUUUAACACAAGUCCACAAGUGUAGAAGUGAACAAGUGAAGUGAAAAAUUGAAAAAAAAAAACGAAAUCAUUUAAAAAAUGGAUACAAUAAUUGGUGGAGGCACUCACUCCUUGCUAGACACUAUGUGCAAUCUAAGUAGUAGCACCUUGGCUGAGUGCAUUCAUCGCAGCACAACAACCACCACCACUACCACUACCAUUGCCACCCCUUUCUCAUCCUCAUCAUCGUCCUCAUCCUCUUCGUCUGCGUUUUCCUCAUCGAGUUCCUCGUCGAGUUCCAGCUCCUCCGAUCCAUUGAUUGACAUAAACGAUUUCAAUGGCCUAGAUUACUCGGCUGUAGCGCUGGCGGUGGACAAUUUCAGUUACAGUGUAUUACAACUGGCUCCGGGAGCGGUCAAUCGGAGUUCAUCGAAUUUAAGCAGCUGCACUAGCCACGCUGCAAGAUUGGCCAUGGAUACUUCUAUUAAUCAAUCAUCAUCUGUCGCGUCGUCCUUUUUAUCGUCGUCGUCGUCGUCGCCGUUGUUGUCGUCGGGCGAGGAUGUUUAUGAGAUGUGCCUAACCGAUGCGGAUUAUCUUUAUCGACACUCCUCCAUUAUGACCCUGGUGUAUUGCAUUGCUUACAUAAUCGUAUUCAUAGUUGGAUUGGUCGGGAAUAGUUUUGUGAUAGCUGUGGUCCUUCGGGCUCCUCGCAUGCGAACAGUUACCAAUUAUUUUAUUGUGAAUUUGGCCAUUGCUGAUAUUUUGGUCAUUGUCUUUUGUUUGCCAGCAACUUUGAUGAGCAACAUAUUUGUCCCUUGGGUUCUUGGCUGGCUUAUGUGCAAGACUGUUACAUACGUUCAAGGAGUUUCAGUUGCGGCAUCAGUUUACAGUCUAAUAGCUGUAUCAUUAGACAGAUUUAUUGCAAUUUGGUGGCCACUUAAACAAAUGACCAAAAGUCGUGCCCGAUUUAUGAUAUUUUGUAUUUGGGUCAUUGCAUUAGGUUCGACAAUUCCAUGGAUUUUGUUUUUUGAUUUGGUGCCAGCUUCGGAUGCCUUUCCAAUGGCCCCAGACAUGUUUUUGUGCCAAGAGGUUUGGCCACCCGGCACCGAUGGCAAUUUGUACUUUCUACUUGCCCAACUUGUGGCAUGUUAUUUGCUGCCGAUGGCAUUGAUAACAUUGUGUUAUGUUUUGAUUUGGAUAAAAGUUUCAACACGUUCAAUACCGGGCGAUUCAAAUGAUGGUCAAAUGGAACAGAUGCAACAGAAGUCAAAGGUCAAAGUUAUCAAGAUGUUGGUGGCUGUUGUUAUAUUGUUUGUUCUCUCUUGGCUACCGCUGUAUGUGAUAUUUGCUCGUAUUAAAUUUGGUGGCGAGAUAACACAGCGAGAGGGAGAAAUUCUGAACACAGUUACGCCAAUAGCACAAUGGUUGGGAUCGUCGAACUCCUGUAUCAAUCCGAUUUUAUAUGCAUUCUUCAAUAAGAAGUAUCGACGUGGAUUUGCUGCAAUCAUUAAAUCACGCUCAUGCUGUGGACGUUUACGCUACUAUGAUAAUGUACUGCUCGUAUCGUCAUCAGCCAGCACCCGUAAAUCAUCUCAAUAUCAACAAAAUUCCAAAAAGAGUCCAGGCAGUCCCAUCCGCAAGCCGAAUGUCGUAUCUUAUAUUUACGAACAAAAUGCAUUGCGUCGACAUAAUUUAAUUAUCAAACAAGAUAGUAAUUUAUCUCAGCAAAUGUUACUCAAACAGGACUCACAUGGAUCACGUCAAAUGCUGAUAAAACAAGAAAGUGCGUCAAGUGAUGGAUCACGAAGAAUGCUAUGCAAACAAGAUAGCAAUGGAUCGAAGAUGUCCUUAACGAAACAAGAUUCUGUUAUAUCGUAUAUUGAGACAAAACGUGGAUUUAUUUCACAACAAGAUCGCAACGAUUCGUUUUCGACACAAGAUACUAUUUCUAUUGAUUCACGACGUGGUACUUUGUGCAAGCAGGAUACACAAUAUUCGUAUAUUGAACAUCGUAAGAAUUGUUUAAACAAUCAGGAUAGUAGCAAUAUUUCGCCAUUAGAACUUAAGAGGCAGAAGCUUCAGAAACAAGAUUCCGUCAUAUCAUUCGCCGACCAAAGGCCAGAACCAAGAAGACAUCAAUUAGUUAAGCAAGAUUCAGUUAUAUCAUUUGCCGACCAACGUCGAGGAGGAUUCUUACAGAAGCAGGACUCCAUCAUCGGAUGUCCUACUCGCAAUGAAGGAGCUGCCGUCGGUCAUCAUGUAUCGAUCCUCAAGAAAACAGAUUCCCAGUCCAGCAAUGGCAAUUCACCCCGCAGAAAUAUUGAGUUCUCUGAGUAAAGCAUCCUACCUAAACUCAAACCUUGACUUAGCCCAAAAUGGUCUCACUUUCCUCCCACAAAUAAAUUAAAAAUCCACUCUCUUCUCUUCACAACAUCAUCAUAAUGAUGAUUAUGAUGAUGAUAAUGAUGAUGAUGUUGAUAUUGAUGUUGAUGGAGAAUUUGAUACAAUCCAAUAUUUGCUGCUACCGUUUACAGAAAAAUAACAAAAAAAAAACAACUACUAUAGUCGGCUCAGGGAAAACGUUCGGUAAGGAAGCGUUUGGUUACUUUAACUAAAAAAACAACAAAAUAAAUAAAAAUAAAUACAAAAAUAAACUUAAAAACAAAUUGUGAUUUUGUCCAAGAUACUUGUGAGGUCUAGAGAAAUGUACCUAAUUGUAAUUUUGUAGAAGUUUGUAAGAAGUUUGUAAAAUGAAAACACAAAAAAAAUAUAAAUGAAAACAUACAAAAAUUGAAAAUACGAAAAAAAAAACUAAAACUAAUGAAAAGAUACAUUGGAUAAGGCAGCAAAUAUUUUGUUAAGAUACAAUAGUUGAGGAACAGAAAAGAGUAUUAUAAUAGUACGGUAUAAGGCCUGAGCUAAAAAGAAAUAUACAAACAGAACUUGAAUAGUUUCAUUUUAUUAGUUUAACUUUUCUUUGUUUUUCUUUUAUCCAAAGCAAUUAUCAUAUUUUAUCAAGUCUUAUUAUUCUGCCUGUGAAUGUUGAAAAUAUUGAAAGAACUUACUUUGAAACAGUCUUAGAAAUAAGCCAAUUACAAUAAGUCCCGAGAACAUGAAUUUGAAAAAAGACAUUUCAAUGGUUAUAGUCGUAUUUAUAAACACUAAAUAGAGGCUUAGUAUAGUACCAAUGCCUCUGAAUGCCAAAAACUUAUUUGUAUGUUAUUUUAACUUAAAGGCUUCUAGGAGUUUUAAUCUUUGGAGUGAUGGUAAGUGUGUAAGACUGCCAUGUCAGAAGUCUACAUUUAAUCCCUACCAGUGACACCUACAAGUUUGGUUUUAUUGAUUGACAAAUUUUCUAAGAGUAAUCGCUGUUAUGAAAAAAUGCUUCUCAAAUAAGCCGCUGGGAUUCACCUUUUAGCAUAGAAAUUGUAGGUCCCCUCCAUUCCUGCUACAAGUCGCACACGGGAAUGUUUAGAAAUUGUGUAAGUCACCAAAUUAAUUUUUGAUUUUAAAUGUACGUUAACUUGAAUAGACCCUACGUAACUAUUUAACAGUUAAGAAGUUGAACCAAUAGAUCGGGAAAAGAUUAGAAUUGUUAUUGAAUUAAAGAAAUAAAGAAAUAAACAUAAAAACGUGCUUCCAAAAAUGACACGGACUUCUGUUUGAUUUUACUUACUUACUAACUAAAGGUGGCGCUACGUCCUGUGUUAACUAUAUAGCCCGUACAGCUCGUCGUUCCAUA